ACCUCACGCAGGGACCGUGAGCUAGUACAAAAUGCAGUGUGUGGUGAAAAUGGCGGAGGGAGACGGUGGUGGACGACGAGGCAGGCCGAAGCAGCCGAAGCUGACUAUGGAACAAUACCUCGACUUCAUUCACAGCCACAAGCAGCUUGAUCUCACCGUUCACCACCUCAACCAGAUCAUCGACAUGCACGGCUUCAUGAAAAUCCGCGGCCCUCAGAAGAGUCUUCUGCUUGAACUUGUGAAGUCGCUGGAGCUAAUGGAUCCUUCCCGGUCAACGCUUGAGGACGACGGCGUAUCCUCCGACGCCUUCUUGUCGCUGGAUGACGUCAUCAAGGACCUUAACGAGCUCAAAUGGCAAGAGUGCUGCGUCACAUCUCUGCAAACCCUAAACUCCGCCAACCUCCACCACCAGCGCGACGGUGGAAGCCUCAACAGCGGCGGCCAAGGCUCUAUUUCCACUAUUGGAACGAGUAUCGUCUCAACUGCUUCAGAGAAGCCUAAAAAGACGCGAAGAAAGCGCCGGAAAGUCGCUCAAAUUGAUGGCGGUGAAGACAGCGUUUCUGCUGGCUUGAACGUCGGGGGUUCUGAAACGGCCACGUGUUCACCGAACUGUUGGGGACCGCGGAAGAAGAGGACAGUGAAGUACGUUAAUUUGAGUGGAAAUGGCGACGGCAGCGUUGUCAACUUUGGUGUUGGUGUCGCUGCUUCUGUAGCUUCAGCCGGCGAGGUUCAGGUCCAGCCCUCGGCUUCUCCGUCGCCGAUUCUUGUGGUUGAUUCGUAGAUGACUGAGGACAAAAUGGCGCAUCUGGGGUUUGGAGAGAAGGAGAGGGUAUUUUUGUCUGUUCAUAUAUGGCGAGGUUCUAACUUUUUUCUCUGGUGGUAGAACGUGGAGGAAUAUCUGAAAUUCUAAUAUUACUUUUUUUUUUCUGAGAGAGACAAAAGUGGAAGUAAGUGAAUUGACUUUUUAUGUGAAAUGUUAUUAGAGACGGUAAUCUGUUUUGAUUAAACGUAAUUGAUUGUAAAAUGACUCGCACAUACCUGCGGAUUCCAUUCGACAGACCCAAUAUAUGUACCGGGGUUACCAAUUCGGUUU